UGGAUUUGACAUCCAAGACGUGUCUCCUGCAAAUGCGACGAGAUGAAAGCUAACGUUGGCUAUCUUUUACAAAUUCUCACACUCGCUACCUUUCCGCUUCCUUAGUUUAUCCGUAGAGUAGUUUCCGGUUGGGGUAUUUACACGUUAGUCCCGUAGAAAAGCCUUUAGUUGUGACAAAGACUCCAGCUGCAGUGAGAAUGGAUUGAUCCAUGCUGCUGAAAAAGCCAAGAAUGGAUUGAGGUGCGGAAGCUAGCGUUAGCCGGCUAGCCAUGGAGGGAGCUAGAGGAGCUUGUGACUUUGUAUUGUUAGCGUCUAUUCCGUAAAAUGACUUGACAUUGGUCAUUCACCGUCCAGAAGUAUUCAGUCCAUGCAUGUAAUUGUUGUAAGAGUGCACCAGUGCUAUGCUGCGCACACGCCCUGAAUAUGUCAGCUGUCCCGCACAUACUGCAGACACCUAGUUGGCUGUCAUUACAUAGAGCCCAUUCUCCUCUGAAGCAGCCAGACACACAGGCAAGACUGGGCCCUAAUAUGCUACACUAAACAUUUAAAGAUUUAAAUACAGGUUUAGAUCCAGUUUCAGAUUUACUGGUGUCACAUUUAUUAUCUGUCACCUGUAAGAUUUAGGUCAGGCUUAGUUGCAGCCCCCCUGCAGCCCAGUGUUGUCAGUUAGACUAGUAGGUGAUCCCUCCUGUGUUGUAUGGGAAACAGUGCUGGCUGUAGCAGGACUGUUGUAGGUCAACGAUGGGAGGUUCAGUGUCUUGCUGCAUCUCUCCUGGAGAGAGUCCCAAGAUCCACAGGAGAGAAGUGGAGCUGGAGGAGUGUCCCAUCACCACCACUGAGGAUGUGAGUGAAGACACCGGGACCUACCUGCAGCACAUCAGUGACAGGGAGCUCCCAGAUGAACUGGCUCAAGAGGCCAACCCAUCGGACCACCCCAGAGCCAGUACACUCUUCCUCAACAAGUCGCAAACAGAUGUGCGCGAGAAGAGAAAAAGCAACUACUUGAAUCAUCAGAUGUCCCCAGGGCUCCUGACAAAAAAGUACAGUUCCUGCUCGACAAUAUUCAUCGAUGACAGCACGGUCAGCCAACCCAACCUCAAGAGCACGAUCAAAUGCGUCGCAUUGGCCAUAUACUAUCACAUAAAAAACAGAGAUUCAAACCGCUCUCUGGAUAUAUUCGAUGAGAAGAAGCACCCUCUGUCGCGAGAAAAGGUCCCAGAUGACUACUCUGUGAUCGACCCGGAACAUAAACUAAUCUACCGCUUCAUACGAACGCUCUUUAGCUCUGCGCAGCUCACUGCUGAGUGUGCCAUCGUCACUCUGGUAUACCUGGAAAGGCUGUUGACGUACGCCGAGAUGGACAUCUGUCCUUGUAACUGGAAGAGAAUUGUUCUCGGUGCCAUCCUGCUGGCCUCCAAGGUCUGGGACGACCAGGCUGUGUGGAAUGUCGACUACUGCCAGAUCCUCAAAGAUAUCACAGUGGAGGACAUGAAUGAGAUGGAGCGUCACUUCCUGGAGUUGCUCCAGUUCAACAUCAACGUCCCUGCCAGCGUCUACGCCAAGUAUUACUUUGACCUGCGCUCACUGGCCGAUGACAACAACCUCAGUUUUCCUCUGGAGCCACUGAGCAACAAGCGUGCCCAAAAGCUGGAGGCCAUCUCCAGGCUGUGUGAGGACAAGUACAAGGACCUGAGUAAAUCGGCUAUGAGGAGGUCUGUCAGUGUCGACAACCUGGUCGGCAUCAAGCACUCCCAGGCUGUGCUGUCCUAAGUGGGCAACGGAGGCGGAGCAGGAAGCUACAGGAUGUGAUGCCACAUUCAAAAGUUCAUUCGACAAGAGACAUUUCCAAAGUAGAUAAUAUCAGUAACUGAAAAGUUUCAUCACAAAAUGUUAAAUGUCGACUUUGGGCAGGAACAAAAGAGCAGAAGUUUACCAUACAGUAUCUCUAAAGUAUAAUGAAUUCAGUCUCUGUGUUCAUUACAAAGAACUUCAGCUAUCUGCCUUCAAAGCAUGAUAAUUUGAUGAAAUAUUUUGCAGACUGUAACUUUUUUUUUUUAAAUAAUGGAUGUGUAACUUUGGAAGGAAUCAGCAUGAAAAUGCUUCCUGGAGUCACACAAACUGAGGACCUCAUCUUCUGUAUUUCACAUCAGCAGAUCUUUUGAGGAGCCAUCUCUCCAGCUUCGGCACUCCUCUCUCCACCAGCCGUAUCCCAUCACUUUUAUUCACAUCAUGAGACUGUCUUGAACUACCCUGUGGUGUAGUUCUGCACAGGGACAAAGAGUAGACUUUGUUUUGCUUACUAUGUAGGCCCCUAUAGCUGUGAAAUGUACAAGACUUUAUUUAAUUCAAAUAAAUUUCAGUCGCUGUUUAAAGUUGAGGCUGCUUAGG